AUGAGGAAAGAAGACGUCGAGAAAUCAACACACACUGGAGUAAAUGGCUCUAUCUAUCUAUCUAUCUAUCUAUCUAUAUAUCUAUCUCAGUCUAUUCAUAUCUAUCUCUCUAUCGCCCUCUUUCUCACUCUGUCUGUCUCUGUCUCUCUCUAUCUCUCUCUCUCUCUCUCUAUAUAUAUAUAUAUCAAUUUAACUAUCUAUCUCAGUCUGUUCAUAUCUAUCGAUCUUAGUAUGUUCAUAUCUAACUAUUUAUUCAUAUCUAUCUAUCUAUCUAUCUAUCUAUCUAUCUAUCUAUCUAUCUCAGUCUGUUCAUAUCUGUCAGUCUGUUCAUAUACCAGUCUGUUCAUAUACCAGUCUGUUCAUAUCUAUCUCUUUAUCCCUCUCUCUCUAUUCAUAUCUAUCUAUCUAUCUAUCUAUCUAUCUAUCUAUCUAUCUAUCUAUCUAUCUCAGUCUAUUCAUAUCUAUCUCUCUAUCGCCCUCUUUCUCAAUCUUCCCCAAAUAUUAUAUAAUUCUUUUCUUUUCUCAUCUAUCUAUCUAUCUAUCUAUCUAUCUAUCUAUCUAUCUAUCUAUCUAUCUAUCUAUCACAGUCUGUUCGUAUUUAUCGAUUUCUCCCAGUUUAUUCUUUUCUGUCUAUUCUUUUAUUUGAUAUUCAGAACCAGUGCCAAAUAUUUUCUCUCUCUUGUUUUUUUUUCUUGA